AUGACGACAAACUUGCAAGAUGAAUACGAGGAUGAAUUUCUGAACGAUGAGGAUGAAUUUGAAAGUUUCGAGAAGAAUAAGGAAGAUGGUAAAAGUGAACCACAACCUCCGCAACCGCUCAAGUUUGCUGAUGUGCCAUCGCACUUCCGUUCAAACUGGGCAUCUUAUCAAGUGGAAGCAAUAGUAUUAUUUCUAUUAUCAGUGUAUAUGAUAAAUUAUUUAUUGGGUCGUUCAAGAAAUCAGAUAAUUGCGUAUAAUUGGUUCAAUGAUGUCGCCACAUUGUUACAACAACAGUUCAGUUUGGUUGGUGAUGAUGGCACCUCUGAUGAACCUACCGAAGGUCAUCUUGUGAAGGAAACUGAUUCCAAUUAUUCUAUCUGGUGCUCUGGUCGUGCCGGCUGUCAAGGAAUGUUGAUACAAUUGAAAUUACAAAAGAGACAAGAUCUUAUCAGCGUGGUCAUGGGUAUGGUUCGUCCCAAGCAGGAUAAGGCAAUAAUCCGAAUCGAUGUUGAUCACAAUGAAAUGGAUUCAUUUGUAUUGGCGUUUGGACAACGAAAAUCUGUUACGAAAGCAGUGAAAGAGACGAUGGAUCUGAACGUAUUCACCGUUGAACGAAAAGGUGUGGAUCGCCUCGGCCUACCGCCUUCAAUGGCCGUCUUUUCGGAAAUCUCUGAAGCGGCCACUGCCAUCAUCGAUCCGACCGUGCAGAAUGUGAUUCGUAAAUAUGAGCCAGCAAUUGAUUAUUUCCAUUUCUCUGAUCAGUAUUCUGGACCAAAACCACCCGAAGGCGAGACAUACACACGUUUGCCAGAAACAUCGCGAGUUCUGAUAUUUGCCAUCAAUAUGAGUAAUGAUGCCUAUGAAACUGAUGCUUUGAUGAAGACGGUUUUCUAUUGUUUCGAAAAGAUUCGAAGAUAUCGUCUUUCGAGGGAAGGAAAAAAUAAGGCAGAUAAGAAAAGACAAAGUGUGCAAGAGGCAUUCUUAAAAACAACGCAUCAAGCACGCCAAGAAGCGGCACAGGCACGACGCGAGGAGAGAACAAGAGAACGUAAACAGCGACUGUUGGAAGAAGAGGACCCCGAGAAACAACGUAGACUUGAGAAAUUGGAGAUGAAACGAGACUCGAAAAUGAGGCAGCCCAAAAUGAAGCAGUUGAAAGUGAAAUAA